UUCUUCUUGUUCUUCAGAGUACCACAAAGCCCUGAUUUCUGACCAUGUUUUUCUUUUAGACAUUGGUUCUUGUUUUGGAGGGAUAAAAAACAAAUUUUUUUUCCUUUUUGUUUUUUUAAUUGUAGGUUUUUGUAAUCUGUGAAAAGAAGUGUUUUUUUUUAGUGGGUUUGUUAUUUAUGGAAAGUUUUAAUCUUUUUUUAUUUAUAUAUUGAGUGAGGGAAGAGGGGGAAGAAGGAUGGGAGAGAUGGGUGGGGAGAAGAGGAGAUCAUGGCAGCAGGGAGGGCACAUGAGGGGUAGGCCUGGGCCCACCUUCCGGCCUCCGCGCAGUCACCCUAAGCAGCAGCAGCAGCAGCAGCAUGUUCCUUCUGAAGCUUGGCAGCCAUCGGUUCCAUUGUGGGAAAAGAAAUUUUGCACUUCUGUGUGCUUAGUUCCAUGGGAAAAAAUAUGUGAAACGCAACGGGUUUUGCCCAUGUAUGCAAGGGUGGCGAAGUGGGAUGAUUCAGCAGGAGAAGAAGCUUUCCAUAAGGCCAAAACCCGUUAUUGGGCAGAGAUAAAUGGACUGCCCUGUGAUAUUCCUUUACCUGAUCCUGACGCUUACAUUGAUGUGAUUGACUAUGAUUCUGUUAUUGAUCCAUUGCUAGUGGAGGACUUGUACAAGCUGCCACCAAGUGUGGAUAGUGAAGAAGAUUUAACUUGUGGAUGGGAUUCUUUUCUUUUUGCGGAUCGGCCUGUUCCAGCUACUGGAUGGGGUGAUGAAGAGGAUCAAGUCCCCGCUAUUAACAAUAAGACUGAGCACUACUCAACAGUCCCGUCAUAUGAUGGUUAUCAUGAAAAUGUGCCAUUUUAUUCUGGUCAGGAGACAAAUAAUGAGGGAUAUGGUAACUUUGCCGAUAGACAAAACAGUGUCAAUAACGCUGUGAACUUUGAUUAUGGCAAUAGGCAGCAUGACAGAGCUGGCAAAGAUAAUACUUCUGCAGGUGGAAAAGAUGACUCAUCGGGCAAUGGAUGGAAUAACUCAUGUGGGUAUUCUGAGAAUCAGAACAAUCUUCCACGUAGAGUAGAUGGUAAGAGAAGAGAUGGGGGAGGUCGCUUCAACUCAAGACAUGCAAAUUCAAGGUUUGCAGAUUGGUAAAAAGUAAUGAAAGCACAAACCAUGCAGCACACAACAUGGUGAAUAAUGCUGCAUUUUCUAAAUAUCUGGACAAUAUUGAGUGGGGAAGGGGAAUGCAACUUGGGAGAGAUGAGUGGGGAGAGGAAGAGAUUCCAGGAGGAGGGCAGCUACCUGAGGGGCAGGCUUGGAACUAGCUUCCUGUCUCCAUCCCAUCAGCCUAAGCAACCUUUUCAGUCUGAAUCUUGGCAGCCAUCGAUUCCAUUGUGGGAAAAGCAAUUUUGCGCUUCAGUGUGCUUCAUUCCAUGGGAAACAAUAUGCGAAAAGAACAGAGUGUUAGCCAUGUAUGAAAAGGUGGCAAAGUGGGAUGAUUCAGCAGGAGAAGAAGCUUUUCAUAAUGCAAAGGCUCGGUACUGGGCAGAGAUAAAUGGACUACCCUGUGAUAUUCCUUUACCUGAUCCUGAUGCUUACAAUGAUGUCAUCGACCAUGAUCCUGUUCUUGAUCCUCUGUUGCUGGAGGAGUUGAGCAACCUGCCAAGUGCAGUUAGUGAAGAAGAUUCAAGUGGUGGAUGGGAUUUUCUUUUAGUGGAUCAACCCGUUUUAGCUGAUGGACCAGUUGAUGAAGUUCCCACUCUUAACAAGAGGACUGAGCAGAACUCUACAGUCCCAUUAAAUGAUGUUUAUCAUGGAAAUGCAUCAUUUUAUUUUUGUCAGAAGGAGAAUAAUGAUGGGUAUGGUAACUUUGCCAAUAGACCGAAUUAUUUAAGCAAUGCAGUGAAUUUUGGUCAUGGCAAUGCACAACAUGGCAGAUCUGGUCAGAAUAAUACAAACUUGAGUGGUAAAGAUCACUCUAGGGAGGUUGCAACAACUCAAGACAGGCGAAUUUAAAGCUACCAUGCUGAAGCAAGGAAUGAAUAGCUGGAGAGCAAGCAGAGGAAGAUGAAUGAUAGACUGCCUGGAGGGAACUUUAUCUGCUUGUUUGGAUGGCAGGUUGGUAAGAAGCUAUGAAAGCAUAGUGAUGCUCCAGCAUUUUAUAAAUAUCUGUGCAAGAUUGAAGCUGCAUGCAUGGCCAUUGGUUCCUUUGUGGGUAAAGCAAUUUUGCACUAAAGUGUGCAUGAUGGCAUGGGAAAAAAUAUGUGAAGCUAAGAAAAGGUUGACAAUUUAUGAAAAGGUG